CACAGCGGGCUGAGCCCGUGGCUCGCUAGGACCGGUCUGGUGUGUUUGUUCUGAGGGUUUGUCGGUCUCGUCGUGGACAGCUUGCCGGCUGUACCCCCGCGCCUACGGUCCUGCUUCCAGCCCGGCCUGCCGCGCUGCCGAGCCCUGCAAACAUCAUUUCCAGUGUCCGGCCAGAAGUAUAGGGAGAGACAAGUUUGAGCCCUGAGGCACAAGAAAGCAAGACCUGCCCCAGACAAUGGCAGCCACACCUGGUCUCCAGCCUCCACCACCCCUGGAGCAAGACGAGAUCCUGAUCGUGAAGGUGGAGGAGGAUUUCUGCUGGGAAGAGGAGCCCUCCCUGGAGUCGGAAGACCCCAGCCCUGAGACGUUUCGCCAGCUCUUCCGGCUCUUUUGUUACCAGGAGGUGGCCGGGCCCCGGGAGGCCCUGAGCCGCCUCUGGGAGCUCUGCUGCCGCUGGCUGCGGCCUGAACUGCGCACCAAGGAGCAGAUCCUGGAGCUGCUGGUGCUGGAGCAGUUCCUGAUGGUGCUGCCAGGGGAGAUCCAGGCCCGGGUGCGGGAGCAGCAGCCGGAGAGUGGUGAGGAGGCCGUGGUCCUCGUGGAAGGGCUGCAGCGGGAGCCCAGGAAACAGAGGCAGCGGGUGAGGUGGGGGGCAAUUUGGCCUUGAGGUGAGGAAACGGGGCCCCCAAGACCUCAGGGCCCUGCUCCUGAGGUCUGCAUUUGGAAAUCCCUUGGGCUCUGGAGCCAUGGCCUGCCUUGGUCAUUGUGGGUGGGGGGAUUGGGGCUGCCUGCUCCUGUGAAUUGAAGAAGACACUGCAAAGUAUUUCUCAGCCUGGGCCAAUGGGUGUAAACCCGUUGACUGAGCACAUGUAGCCCCACUAGCCCUCUCUGAGCUGUGUGGGUUGUUUCGUUAACAUCAUCCCAGUGGAGGCCAGACACAGGUUUUGAUGGGAGGGAGGCUGGAGACCUUCCCAGGCAGGGCCCUGGGCAUUGACGAGAUCCCAAAAUGAGGAGCACUAGGAAGAAAAAGCAGGGGCUGGUGGGUGCUCUGCUUAGAGCCCCCACAUGUCCCCAGCCUCUCUAGAGCUGUGUCAUCCCAUGCAGUGGCUACCAGCCACAUAUGAUUUGUUUUUUAAAGAUUUUAUUUAUUUAUUUAUUUAUUUGACAGAGAGAGACAGCGAGA